GAAGCUAGAGCUGGCUGUGAGCAUGGCUCCUGGGCUCUGGCGGGGGUGGGCAGGGACUCUAAUGGGUGGUGUCUUACAGUUGCCCAGCCACAGAGACUUCAAUGGCUGCGGGUGCUGGUCCCGGGCCCCCGUGGGGAGGCGAGGGGCAGGAGAGACUCAAGCAGCUGGCAUCAGCAAGUGAAUACCCGUGGGGUAGAAGCUGCGGAGACGUGCAGGGGGUCCGUGGCAGCUGUGCUGACCCUCGGCUUCAUCAGUGGCAAAAUCUGCUGAGUUUUUCUGCACAGCAGGUCUCUAUGAACACUGAUUGCUGCUGCUACAUGUUUGCUAAUAACAGCCUCUGCUUUUCUUCCUUAUUCUUAGCUGGCUCAACACAUCUGCCCUUUGCAGGUCUGGGUGGGGUGAAACUGAAGCGGAACCUUCGUGCAGUGUCCCAAGAGGCUGGGGAAACUGGUCAGUCAGCCCGCUCUUUUCGGGUGAGAGGAACUCUUUCUAGCUGGGAAGUUCCCUCUUGGUGUUAAACAACGCUGGCCGGGGAAAUGGGAUGAUGUAGGCAAAAAGAAUCUGUUUUCCUUCUCUUUUUGUGUGACUACUCUCAGUGUUUGUUCCACUGUGUUUCUAAAUUGUCCCGCAUGGACUCUCGAGCCCUCCCAGAGCUGUUUUGGUUCAGGUAUCCAUGUGUCUAAUUAUCAAUCUUUGUGGGGAGGGAGACUGGGCAGCUGGGUUCUCCUAGGUCACCGUUUGUUCCAUGUAACCUAAUUUUUACUUUAAAUUAAGAUCGCACCUAUCAAGCAAUGAAAUUAUUUUGCUUGGAGAAAAGAAGUUUCAAUAACAUUUAUGAAAUUUACUUUUUGAUAUGUAUUUUAUCAUGUAUUUCUAUCUGGCAGAGAAUGGCCAGUUAUUGUCCGUAUCAUGUGGCGUGUGCGUGCGGGUAUUAUGAAAUAAAAUUGCAUGAGGAAGAGGCUAAGUUAUAAAAGGACAGAAUUUCACAGCUGUGUGUGUUGUUGGGUAAAAAACAAAUUGCUGAUGAAGGCUAGGAUGUCGGGCCCCUAGAGAUUUCUAAAAAUUCGACGAAAGAGCAACCAGCUGGCCUGAGAUUCUCUUAAAACUGUCGUCUUUAUCAUCAUGAUGAGGAAUGAGGUGGUGUCAGCAAUUGGAUAUUGCAGUUAAUCCUAAUUCUUGCUAACAGAGUAUCAGUUUUCAAGAAAUUGGGAUACCAUAGUUUAAGAAGAAACUAAAUUUUGAUGUAUACUGCGUUGUGGUAAAAGGAAGUACUAAGAAAGACUGGACAGGAAAAGCAGUCACUGUGAGUUUAUUUUCACAUCUUACUCUGAGAACUAAAUGAUCCCGGAGACUGUGCCUCUCUGACUUUUGCAAGCAGCCCAAAGGAUUCUAUCCUGAAAUGUAUCCUUCAGAGAAGACUACUGCAAAUACAGUAAACCUGAUUUAUAUUUUAAAAAAUCGGGCUCGAAAGUUCUUCAUAAAUUUUAGAAUUGUAUUAACAGAUUAAGUAAUCACUGUUUACCAUUAUGUUAGAUCACUCGAUUGCUAAACAUUGCUUCCUCUUUUCAGUCAUGCAUUUCCCAAUUAAGUAACAAUAAAUUCUCUAAGCUCCCACUCACAUGGAAACAGCUAAACAUCACUCUUUCGGGUCAAAUGGGGGAAAAAUCUGGGCAUAAGAAAUGAGUCACCUUUGUCCUUCCUGAGGGAUUUUAGAGCAAAUUUCAGAGCUCCUUGCCUUGGUUGAUAAGAAAAAACCCCACCAUGCUAUCUAAACAGCUCCCGAGGUUAAUUACUGCACCUGGCAUGCAGGGCGCACCAUUCACAUGGUGGCUGUUCCAGAUCCAGCUACUGAAGGUCCGCAGAGCCCUCUGACCGUAUCCUAUUUCCCAACUGGAGGUGCAUCGCCCACAACUAAAACAUUAGACUCAGAUAUCCGUGUUGUCAACUUCGCGCUGCCUCUAUCACCUGGUGUUUUAUUCUGCUAGGGCAGAGGUGCCUGGGCCUUUACUGAGAUCAAAGGCAACAGCAAGUUUGGCUACGUCCAACGCACAGUGGAUGUGGGCUGUACAACACCCUUUAAGAAUAGGAGUUUUUGCACUUUUCUCUUUUGUAGCGAAUGUUCAGCAGACUUUACUUUCCAUUUGGUGCAUAUAAAAAUGCAUUUUGAGACAUCUUCUUUAAGGUAUUACAUACCAGAAGGUAUGGAGAUGGGAACAGGGAAAAAAAUCAAACAUAAGUAUGGUAUCAGCAUUAACUACAGGGAGUGACACAAAGUAGGGAAUAUUAAAAUAAAAUGGAGCGGUUAUUUUUCCUUGCUUUUAAAAAAGUAAAUAAUGCUUAAACUGAUUUCAGUUUGGCCCCAGUUUUCUACUUCCGUCUGUAUCCAUGUCCUCUGUAAUGUGACUUUGCAGUUCCUUCCAUCAGGAGGAGCAGACUGUUUGCUCACCCCUUGAAGCUGGCCUAUUCUUGUGACUCGCACUGACCAGUGGGAUGCAGCAGAAUUGAUAUACCCAGGCUGGGGCAGGCUCCAGCUCUCUGCUUCCACUCUGUGCAGAGGACUUUAUAUGCUUCAUCUCCUUUAAUCCUCAUAGUUAUUAUUCCUGCUUCUCAGAGGAGAGAUCUGAGGCAUAGAGGUAAUAAGCAAUUUUCCCAGUGUUACACAUCUAGGAAACAAAGGAAUGAGGAUUUGAGUCUGGAUGGUGUGUUUCCCACAAAACUGAAGUACGACCCUAUAUCUUCAUAGAACAGUGAUGAUCAAGGUGAAUGGACAGAGAUACUGAAAUUCACUGGGAUGCAAGGUAGGAGUUUACCUCAAAAGAUUAUCUUGCAAGAGAAUUCCACUUUCAAACCUAGAAUUUUAAUUAGUGACAGUAUAUAAAGUCAAAAUUAGGUUAUGACAUUAAAUAGUUAAUAACUGAGAAUAAUGUACAUCUAUUUCAGUAAGUCCAUUUACUUCAACAAAUUAAAGCAUAAUCAUUAAAUUAAGUACAGUAUGGUUUCCAGAACUAGGGCCACUGUGAGUCCUGGAGUGCUUGAGAUUCUCUAGGAAGACUGGCCAUGAGGGUGUCACGGCCAUGGAGGGGGAGCUGAGGUAGAUGGUCAAGCUGAAGCAGCAUUCUAGGUGGGAAAAAACCACUCUGAAUGGAGAGAGCUGGAUUCUUCUUAUUAGACUUGCUCCAAGAGCUGAACAGGGUGUGCUGGGGAGGAGCCUUUUGAAUGUAACUCUUCAUGGUGUGUCCCUUUGUCUCCUGAUGCAAGAUGAGAGUUCCAUUGUCCAUCUCUAGUGGAGCUCCAAGAGACUAGGAACUGAGAACGAAACACAGAGGACCAUCAUCUUUUGAGGUCAAGUAUGAGAAUUGUCUCCAACUCUCAGGAAAGGAGGACCAUCUUCCAACCCAGCAAGCACUGGACGCGGUAGAAAUGUCCAUUGAUGUCAGGGAGACCGUGAGUCAGGCAACAAUUGUAGCCACAGCUGCAAAAGAAAUGUCACCCCCCCAUUCAUGUGUGACAUGGUUGAUCACACUUUCCUCCUUACAAAACUUUGUUUCCUUGACUUUUCAGGAGCCUGCAUUCUUGUAGUGUUUUUCUUACUUCGAUGCCUAUCUCAUAGUCUUUCCCGUUGCAGUAAACGGAAAACUUUUGCUUUGUCCAAAACCAUAACCUACCCCUAGUCCUCUUUCUUCAAAGUGCCACAGGCAAUUUAUUAUCAAAUCCUGACAACCCUACCUUUAAAACGUUUCCAGAGUCUGACCACUUCUCAUCCCCUCCGCUGCUACCACCUUCCUCUGAGCCACCGUCUCUCACCAGACCUAUGGCAAUGGCCUCCUCACUGGGCUCGUUGGUUCUGUCUUUGUCCACUCACAGUGUCCUCUCAGCGCAGCAGCCACAGAGACCACAUCACAUCAGGGCUGUAUCAUCUCACGCAGAAAUGGUCCUGUUUGAUCGAGUCCUCUAUUAUCUAUUUGGUCUUAUUUCCCAUUGCUCUCUCCCUUUCUCACUCAGCUCCAACCACACUGGCCAUUUUGCUGUCCCGCAAACAUACCGAGAUUGGUUUCACUUCAAGAUCUUUACACUUGUGUUUCCCUCUGCCUGGAAUGCAUCUUGUCUCACAAAUCUUUAUGACUCACCCACUCACCUACAGAUCUCAGCUCAAAUAUUCCCUCUAGUAGAGAGGUCUGCUCUGACCACCCCAUCAAAAAUAGCAGCCCUGCCACCGUCCCCCCCUUGAAUCCCUCCCUAUCCCUUUCCCCUGUGUGAGGUAAGCUUAUGCACUCCUUGCAUGCUGGCCUAAACUCCGGUAGUUUGUAGCAAAACAAGCCUACUUCCCUUGGGGUCCUGCUGGCCGCUGGCCUUGAGAAAUAGAGGACCAGACUUUCUGGAAGAUAAGACCUGACUGCCCUCAAAAACAGCUGUCGCUGACCAUGGUAUCCUCAAUAAGAGAUACCUGGGAGCCUCGAUCACUGGCGGAGUGGAAGAAUCUGGAAGCCUCGCAAAGACAAAUGAUUAACUGCUGAGCACCAGCUUCUCCUGCGCGCAGCACCGUCCCCAUUUCCCGCGCCUUCCCCUUUAAACAAACGCCUCCUGCUGUUCCGGACAAGCUCUCGGGGCAUCAGUCCGCCAUCUUUCUAGGCUGCCCCCUUCCUGAGUAAAGCAACCUUUCCUUUCCGAGCAUCACUCUUCUCUCCAGUGUUGACUUUCGGGCGGCGAGCCGCAGAAUCUGCGUGUGGAACCAGUCUUCUGAGGCCAGAGAGGCGACCUGGCUCGUGAACGGUGGAGUGAGCUCUCAAACCUGGGCGGUUGUACUGUGGAGCCGACAAUCCUUCAGGACCCAGCACUUAGCAGCCUCGAAGGACACCCGACUACCAUCAGCACUUCCUCAGAGACGUUAUAAAAUCGCUCUGCCGUCAAACAGCUGAGUGACUCUGGGCUGUUCAGGGGAGGCCUUAAGAACUGUGGAUAUUGAUUCACCUGGAAGAUUCAGCCACUGCCACUCAGAGCUGCUUCUGGAAUACCAUGUCUAAGAACUCGGAGUUUAUCAAUCUGUCGUUUUUGUUAGAUCACGAGAAGGAAAUGAUCCUGGGAGUCUUAAAGAGAGAUGAAUAUUUGAAAAAAGUGGAGGACAAGAGAAUAAGGAAGCUGAAAAAUGAACUCUUAGAAGCAAAGCGUAGAAGUGGGAAGACUCAGCAACAAACCAGCAGAGUCUGUGCUCACUGCCAGAGAAACCUGGGUUUACUGUUCGACCGAGGAGACCCGUGCCGGGUCUGCUCCCUGCGAGUGUGCAGCGAGUGUCGUGUCUCAGGCCUCGAUGGCAGCUGGAAGUGCACCAUCUGUGCCAAAGUCGCACAGCUAAGGAUCGUAACUGGUGAAUGGUUUUUUGAAGAAAAGGCAAAGCGUUUCAAGCAAGUCAAUGUUCUGGGCACCGAUGUAGUCCGACAGUCCAUCUUGAGAAGAAGUCCAGGAACUGAAGAAAUACAAAGUCAAGAGCAACCCCACCAGGACCCAGGAAAGGCAGACACUUCACCUUCUGCCAGGCAAAAGGCCAGUCAUGAUGGACCCAGGAGAAAGGGAUUUCUUCUGGCCAAGUUCAGGUCAGCAACCAGAGGAGAAAUCAUAACUCCAAAAAUGGAAAGUGGGCGGAGCUACAGCUUGGACUUAGACAGCCAAAACUUUCGGAGUUUAAAGUCAGUCCCUGGUUCGGACAGGGGAAGCACUGGUUCAUCAGAUCUUAAUGACCAGGAAGCAGGCCCUGCAACCCCGAAGAGCAGCCGGAGCAGUGGUGUGACCCCCGUCACUCAGAGGUCACCGGCCCCAAGCACACACAGUGUGACUUCAGUCAGCAUUAGAGAACAUGGUCUUGAAAAUUCCAUGGACUUGGCUGCCAUCGAAAGCACGUAUGAGGACCUCACAAAGAGUCAUCGCAGAAACGUUUCUGGUACACCUUCCAUAGCGGUGUCUGAGAUCUCCCUCUCCUCAGACCGAAGUCGAUCUGAGUUAGAUCUGAGUGGGUCAUUUCCAGAUGACUUAGAGAAUACUGUAAACAUAAGAAGCAAGUCUGUCCCUGGGGCUUUAGACAAAGACUUGGACUCCUUGGAAGAGACUGAGGAAAGUGUUCAUGAUUUAGUGUCCUCCCGGUUUUCUGCCAACACCCACAGUCUAGCAAGUGGCCUGUCAACCAAAUCUCAAGCAGUCUCUGACAGGAAGUGGACCUACCUAAAUGUCCCUGAUGCCGACUCAGACACUACCAGCCUUAACAGCAUGAUGAGUGUUUACAGUGAAACAGGAGACUAUGGCAACGUGAAGGUCAGUGGUGAAAUCCUUCUCCACAUCAGCUACUGCUACAAAACUGGCGGGCUCUACAUUUUUGUCAAGAAUUGCAGAAAUCUGGCCAUAGGAGAUGAAAAGAGACAGAGGACAGAUGCUUACGUCAAGUCAUACCUUCUUCCUGACAAGUCCAGAAGCAAUAAGCGCAAGACCAAGAUCAGAACGGGCACCAACCCAGAAUUCAAUGAGACACUAAAGUACACCAUCAGCCACACCCAGCUGGAAACAAGAACUCUGCAGCUCUCAGUCUGGCAUCAUGAUCGAUUUGGACGUAACAGCUUCCUUGGGGAGGUGGAGAUUCCUUUUGACUCAUGGAACUUUGAAAAUCCAAGUGAUGAGUGGUUUGUGCUUCAGCCCAAGGUGGAAUUCGCUGCAGACAUAGGCCUUCACUACAAAGGAGAGCUAACAGUUGUUUUACGUUACAUCCCCCCAGAGGAGAACCAGAUGCUUCCUCUAGAACAAGUUCAAGGAAAGAAGACCUUCAAAAGGGGAAAGAAGAAGGAGUCACCUGUAAUCUCUGGAGGAAUACUGGAAGUAUUCAUCAAAGAGGCAAAGAAUUUGACAGCAGUGAAGUCAGGAGGCACUUCUGAUAGCUUUGUGAAGGGCUACCUGCUCCCGGAUGAUAACAAAGCUACCAAGCACAAAACUCUGGUGAUAAAGAAGAGUGUUAACCCUCAGUGGAAUCAUACUUUCAUGUUCAGUGGCCUCAACCCCCAGGACAUAAAGAAUGUUUGCCUAGAACUUACCGUCUGGGACAAGGAGGCCUUCUCAAGCAACAUCUUUCUGGGAGGAGUUCGUUUGAAUUCUGGAACCGGUGUGAGCCAUGGGAAGAAUGUGGAUUGGAUGGACUCUCAGGGGGAGGAGCUACGUCUAUGGCAGAAGAUGGCGGACAAUCCUGGGACUCCCGUUGAGGGUGUACUCAUGCUCCGGGCCAGCAUGGGGAAGUGUAGGCUCUGAAGGUACCAGUCUCCAAAGUGAUGCCUCCAGGCACUGUCUGGCUGCCGUUUCAUCCCAGUAUCGGUCUUGGGACCUGGGAUUCUGCUUCCCUGCCAUUUCUCCCCUGAGGGUAUUGGGACACAUGGGGAGAGAUGUCAGCGUUAUGAACAUUUAGGGCUCUGCUGAGUGUCUAAAAGAGCAUGUACCUCUCUGUGUGCAGGGCCAGGGCCUUUUUGAUUUGCUGAUAGAACGCGUGGCACACUGUCCUGUCAACAGGCAAACUGUGCAAUGAUUCAUAGGCUUUAUACCAUAAGGGAAAUGGUACAAGCUUCUUUGAAACUACAGUUGAAAUUUGGACUCCCUAAACUUUUUCUGUUAAUGAGUUCUUUUGCAUUUCCUAAAAUGGUUUGAGGGAUAAAGGGGCCACUCAUAAUGCAGAUCACUUGAAGAGUAAGAAGGGACACCGACUGCCUUUUCUCACCCUGGGAAUUCCCAUAAUCCAAAAAAAGGCCUUGUGGAGAUGGUUGCUUGGACAGGGGAUGGCCCUGUUAUUGUAACAAACUUGUGGAUUAACCAGGUAAGUCUUCAGGGUGAACGGACAGGUUUUUCUAUGGUGACUGUAUAAUUUGUAAUCUCUAUCAGCCCACUUUUGAGAGUGAAGAGAGCUAAAUCUUUCUACCCGAAUAACAGAUGUAAACCGGGAUCGACCUGGGAACAUUGAGAUGUGGUGUCACCCUACGCAUGACCUAGCAGUUAGAGAGCUCCAUUGUAAACAUUUAUUUUAUAAAAUAUUCUAAGCCACUAACUAUGAGGGAAUAAGAACUAAUGUACAUGUUGAGCCCCUGCUUGUAUCAUACCUGCUGAUAUCCCGUUGGCCAAAGGAAGUCAUAUGGCCAAGCCUAAAAUCAAGAGGCAGGGAAAUAUACUCUGCUCACAGCGAAGCCAUGGCAAGGAUAAGGAUGCAAGAAGGGAAGAAGAAUCCUGGCCAGUAGUUCAAUCUACUGUACCUUCUGGUACCUGGAAUUUCAGAUUAGCUACCAAACUUAGAUGUAAAGGUAGUUGAAGCUGAAAGGUACCUCAGACCUGGUUCCUCAUUUUGCAUAAUCCAAAUCUGAAGGCCCGAGAGAGCUGAAAUGACUUGCCCAAGAUCAUAUAGAAACUAUGACUGUAUCCAGACUUAAAUCCAGGGUGUGAUUAUCGGCCAGUAUUCUUUCCACUGUAACCUUUGGCAUAAUCUUAUGGUUAUCAGGGUGGACGGGAGGGCACAGAUGAAGGAAGGUGGAGCAGAGUCAGAUUAUUUCAGUAUAAAGUACCUGAGUCUCUCUUCUUCUGGAGUUCUAGUCUAGCCCCUCAGCUCAUUUUUUCACUUGAAUUCAUAUAAAAUCUUUGAAAGGAUAGAAACUGAAUUUUAGUGGUAAGAAAGCUAGAAUCAUCUUCAGGCUUAUUCAAGCUAAUUUUUCCAUAUUCUGAAUUUCUUCUUGAAUUUUAGAAACUGAAUUAAGAAUAUAUUUAGCAUUAUUCCUGGGAAUAAGCAGUCCGUUUUCACUAUUAUUCAAAACUGGGCUAGUUCUCAAAGAUUGAAGUUAUUGGUCUAGCAUAGUUUAGUACAUAUGGAACAUUCUUUUUUAAGCUCAACACUCAUAUCCCUAUGUCACUCUUCUUAA